CGCGCGGGCGGAACCCAGGCGGUCGGGGCUCCGUGCCUGCCGGGACCUGCACGGCGGCGCGGGCGGAAGUGCAGCGCCUGCAGCGACAGGCCUGGAGCCUGAGCCAUGCAGAGCCAGCUGACCAUCCCUGUGCCCGUGCCGGUGCUCCGCCUCCCUCGGGGCCCCGAUGGCUUCAGCCGAGGCUUUGCCCCCGACGGACGAAGGACCCUACUGAGGCCAGAAGUCGGAGGAGGUUGUAUUCAAGAUCCCCCAGAGUCACAGCAACAGCAGGCCCGGGCCUCUCUCCGGGAGCGCUACCUCCGCAGCCUCCUAGCCAUGGUGGGGCACCCUGUGAGCUUUACACUGCACGAGGGUGUGCAUGUAACCGCUCAGUUUGGGGCCACGGACCUGGAUGUAGCCAACUUCUAUGUGUCCCAGCUGCAGACGCCCAUUGGCGUGCAGGCUGAGGCCCUGCUUCGAUGCAGCGACAUCAUCUCCUACACCUUCCAGCUGUGA